AUGGAGUCAUCAUUGGACUCCAUUAUCGAAGUUAAAGAAGAGCUCAUGGUUUCACCGUCAUAUGGGGGAAACCCAACUCGCAGAACUGCCUUUUUUCUCAAACCUUGUAUGAGUAGCAUCAAAGAGUCAGCAUGUGACUUUCUUCUUCCCCUUUCCAAGGCCACUUCAAAUCCUGCAAAGCUGCCAAUUAAAGUGAGAUACAAUGGAUGGAGAAACCCACAAGAAGAAUGGAAAACAUGGGUCCAACAAUUGCAACCCAAGUAUGAAUAUCUUUGGAUAAAAGCUGGGGUAGACAAAGCCAUCAAAGCUUCUACAUAUGAAAUCCACAGGAAUGAUGAGUUGAUACUUGAGCUUGCUCAAAGAUGGUGUUCAAAGACCAACACAUUCAUCUUUCCUUGGGGAGAAGCAACCAUCACUUUGGAAGAUAUUAAGGUUUGUUGGGGUUACUCCGUUGUGGGAGCUCCAGUUUCUAGCCCUCUUGAGACCAAUGAGCAAAAGGAAACAGAAGCGGAACUAGUUGCUGCAAGAAGAAUCUUUAAUAGCACUAAAGCCAGAAAGGUGGUUCAUAAGCCAUGGAUGAUGCAUUUCAUGGAGAAUGAAACCAAAUUGGAGCACGAGGCUUUUUUGGUUCUAUGGUUGUCAAGGUUUGUAUUCCCUGCAAAUUCACCUGACACCAUUUUGAAAAGCGUUUUCCCUAUUGCCAUACAUCUAGCUAGAGGGAUUGAAAUGGCUAUUGCUCCUGCUGUUUUAGCAAGCAUUUAUAGGGACUUGAGUUUGCUCAACAGCAAAAUCAACAGUGCUAAGUUCAGAAGUAAUCUAGCUCUAUCUCUAUGGGCUCCUUUUCAGUUGGUUCAAAUAUGGGCUUUGGAGAGAUUUCCAUCACUGCAGCCUCAUCCACAUCCAAUUGAGCAAGGCCAACCAAGGAUGGCUAGAUGGGACAGAGUGAAAAUGAUGACAAAUAAAAACUUGAAAUUGACUUUGGAUUCUGCUGGAGCUAGAAAUGGCUUUAUGUGGCGACCAUAUAAGAAUUCACCACCCCUAAAGGUCUACAAUGAAAAUGACAUGUGGGAAUGUGAUAAUCCUUCUUUGGAUAGGGAAUUGCUGUCCUUUUGUCGAUGCUUGAGGGUCUCUGAAUUGGAGGGUAUGGGGUGUAUAGAGCAGUAUCUUCCACAUCGUGUUGCUAUGCAAUUUGGAAUGGAUCAGGACAUUCCUGCUAUGGUUGCUCGCUGUAAAAAGGAUCCUUGGAUAAGUUAUAGCCAGCCAAUAAUGGAUACAAAUUUGUGCAUUGCAUUAUGUGCUUGCGAGCAAUAUCUUACUUCAAGGUACUAUGAUUGGUGGAAGCAAUUAAAACCUGGCAAGGAAGGAGAUACAGUAAAGGGUUGUGAUCAAUGUGAAGUUAAAUGCUUUGAUGAUGAAGUAGUUGGACAUGGCAAGGCUUUGUUUAGUCCUGAAUAUGGUGUUUUUCCAUCAUCAAAGUUGGAUGGUGAAACAGCUGGAUCAAAAAGUAAGGAUGUUGUUCUUAAAGGAUCAAUUAGUACCAAGAAAGAUGGUCAAAUAGAAGAUGCUGUUGGGAGUGUAAGAAGGGUAAAGAAUGAUGGGAAUGAAGCCAAAAUCAAGAGUUCAUUUUGUUAUAUAAAUAGUGCCAAUGGCAUGGAAGGGGAAGGUGUCAGUCCUUGUGUAGCAGAGAUAGCAUCUAAUCUUGAAAACCGGAUUUUGAAGCUUGAAACAGUGGUUGCUAAGCUUAAAGCAGCGAAAUUUGGUGUUAAGACAAAAGAACUGAAAGUUUAUUUCCGACGCAAAAAGAGGCUGAAUCCAAGUAUUGUAUUUUAA